AUGGAUGACGACCUAAGAGAGAGACCCGGUGUAGUUUCCCGGUUCUUCCAUUCCUUAGAAGUUAAAUACCAGUAUUAUUUGGAUAAACUCACACCGCAAACUACUGUUCGAUGGUUGAUGGCGGUCGUGGCUAUUAUCACUUUCUGUGCCAGGAUUCUCUACCUCCAAGCUUGCAUUUCAGGGCUUCUACAUUGUGGCAUAUGCUGUCGACUACUAUUCUUGAAAAUUUGUCUUCUUCUUUUCCUGACACCUUCUAUUGAUCCUGCUCUCGAGGAUGAUGACGACGGGCCUGUUCUACCAUCAAGAACAAAUGACGAGUUCCGCCCUUUUAUGCGUCACUUACCUGAAUUUAAAUGCUGGCAUUCCGCUAUGAAAGCCACCCUAAUCGCGAUCAUAUGUACGUUCUUCGAAUUCUUCAACGUACCCGUAUUCUGGCCGAUUCUUGUCAUGUACUUCAUAAUUCUUUUCUUCCUCACGAUGAAGAGGCAAAUAAUGCAUAUGAUCAAGUACAAAUAUAUCCCAUUCACGGUUGGAAAGCCUCGAAUGGCCGGAAAGGAGGACACUGGCAAGGAUUGUCGUUGGCUAGCAAUAUAG